AUGUCAUACCCAAAGGCAGAAAGAGUGUAUUCAGUCUCCAAGGUUUAUGCUGAUGCUAAUGAAAAAAGACCAAAGGAGUAUUGGGAUUAUGAAAACUUCGAAAUUGAAUGGGGCCUCAUAUCAAACUAUGAAAUCGUCUCCAAAAUAGGACGUGGUAAAUACUCAGAAGUGUUCCAAGGUCUUAAUAUAGUUAAUAAUCAACCUUGUGUCAUUAAAGUGUUGAAACCAGUCAAAAUCAAAAAGAUAUACAGAGAAGUUAAGAUCUUGCAGAAUUUAACAGGAGGUCCAAAUGUUGUUGCAUUAUUAGAUUUAGUCAGAGAUGCACACUCAAAAAUACCUGCUUUGAUAUUUGAAGAAGUUAAAAAUGUUGAUUUUAGAACUUUAUACUCAAAAUUCAAAAGAAGUGACAUUCAAUACUACUUCACUCAACUUCUUACUGCAUUAGAUUAUUCACAUUCAAUGGGUAUCAUCCAUAGAGAUGUGAAACCUCAAAACAUCAUGAUUGAUCCAUUCAACAAAAAACUAAGGCUUAUUGAUUGGGGUUUAGCUGAAUUUUAUCAUCCUGGUGUUGAUUAUAACGUUAGAGUUGCUUCAAGAUAUCACAAAGGUCCAGAAUUACUUGUAAAUUUGAACCAGUAUGAUUAUUCUCUAGAUUUAUGGUCUGUUGGUGCCAUGUUAGCUGCCAUAGUUUUCAAAAAGGAACCAUUUUUCAGGGGUGAUUCCAAUUUCGAUCAAUUAAUCAAAAUUGCUAAAGUUUUAGGUACAGAUGAACUAUACUCAUAUCUAAAAAAAUAUGGCUUGAAGUUGUCAAAAGAAUAUAAUGAUGUUUUGCUUCCAUGCCCAAGAAGACCAUGGAGUUCAUUCGUUACUGAUUCCAAUAAGUACUUGGUUGAUGAUGAAAUUGUUGAUUUGAUUGAUCAUUUGUUAAGAUAUGACCAUCAAGAGAGAUUAACAGCUAAAGAAGCUAUGGCUCAUCCAUUUUUCAAAGGAACUCCAAAGUGA